GCACAUGGACCGAGCGGUGCAGUGAGUGGAAGCAACAAUACAGUCGACAAGGGGGAGUUUCUUUCUUGCAAAGCGCAUGCAAUCCCUACAAAAAUUCCCGGUGACUUCAGAUCCAAGGAGGUGGUGAUAUUCAUGGGAGCACGAUUCAAACUCUCUCACUUGGAGUAGGAGUACAGCCUCAGCAGCCCUGGAGCCGACGCGCUGCUCUCUCUCUCUUUACGCCUCUUUUCUUGUUUAACAUAAACUAAAACAGAUGGAAUAAUGUUUGCUUAAAAUAACAUCUUUUUUUUUCAGCGCUGGAAGGAGAAAAGCUUAUAGAGUUUCUCACUUUUGGACUGUAGUUGGGAGCUGAUUUGUUGACCUGAAGACAUCCCGUUUAAGUCUUACCUGGGCAUUAUGAAGAGGUAUCCAGGCUUUUUUCAUUCUUGGGAGAGGAUGCCGUCUUGCUGAACUCUUGUAGCCUAAUCGCGGAUUUUUUCAAUUUGCUCCUAUUUUAGUGGCUCUCGAUAAACUGUAACUCGAUCUGCGCUUUUACGCGGUAGUUUCAAAACUCUGCAUGCCCAAAAUGGACCGUGCAGGAUUUGCUGUUUUAUUGGUUUUGACUGUUGCACUCAUGCGAGUUGGCAACGGUCACAAGGACACAACAGGUGGGAGGAAAGAGAGUGCAGGGGCAGACCGGGCGGUCUGGGACCAGCAGCUGUCCCGGGUGAGGAGUCAAGGUCACUUGCCAAAGGGAGCAGAGGACGGUGCAUCCUCCAAACCGUCCGGUGAAACUUCUCCCGGGUCCGACCAGUCUAGGACUCCGGCCCGCCUGCCCAGGGGUGCGUCAUCCCAGGUGGAUGGCAGGCACGUAUCCAGGGCAGUACCGACUCAUGCCGCGGGCGUCUCCAGGGAAGACCAAGUCUCUGCGCCGCGGGAUGGUGCGCAGCGCACCGCCAGACAAGCAGCCAGCCAGCAGCACAGAGUCAGAGUGAACCGCAGGCAGAGCAGCAAGGCCAGCUCUGCCAACACAAGGAGACUUGUUGGGCCAAAUGUCUGUGGAGGUCAGCAGUGCUGCUCUGGCUGGGCUUUGGCACCGGGAACCAAUCGCUGCAUAAAACCUGACUGCCAGCCCCCCUGCCAGAACCGCGGCUCCUGCAGUCGGCCACAUACCUGUGUGUGUCGCUCAGGCUUCCAGGGGCCCCGCUGUGAGGAGGUGGCCCCCGAGCAGGUGUACAUCCGCGACGGAGGUGGCCUGAGGCGUGUUCAACCCGGCACCAACCCCUUCCAGAGAGACCAACCGCGGAGAAGGCCCUCAGAAAGGCAGGCCAGCGAUACCACCAAGGUCCAGACCCCACGACCUGCGACCACCAGACAGCCUGUCCACACUGUGACCCAAGUGAGACGGGGACCCCCUGACUCCUCCCCUCAGCAGACAGGGACCUCCCGCACCGUGAAACGUUAUCCAUCAUCCUCUGGGCCCAUCACCUCCAACGCCCUACCCGGUGGCAAUGGCUACACUAACGGCCUCAGCGGCGAGCAUAGGAACUGGCAUGGACACAGAAAUGGACAAAGUGGCAUUCACUCCUUUAACGCUCACAGGCCCAACGGCGACAGCCAGCUUUACGGACAGUUCAACAAUGCACUGUUACCAGCAGGGGCCAACCUCACAUCCAGCCUGGACCGCAUCAAGAUCGUCUUCACGCCUAUGCUGUGCCGCAGGGUGUGCAGCGGCGGGCGUUGCUACAACAGCUGUGAGAAGGGAGACAUCACCACGGUCUACAGCGAGACCUCGCAGCAGCAGCAGCAGCAGCCAAAGAACCAGGGCUUCAGACUCUUCUUCUGUCAGAUCCCCUGCCUUAAUGGAGGCCGUUGCAUCGGGAGGGACCUAUGCUGGUGUCCGUCAAACUCAACGGGGAAGUUUUGCCACCUGCCUGCCCCUGUUCCCGCCAGACCAACUCCUCACAGCCACAGAGAUGCAAACCACCAGAGACCGAAACCUCCCUCCCAUUCCAUGUACACGCUGCCUCUUUCCAAUCAGCAAGUGUCUCUCCACCCAUCCUUGGUGAAUGUCCACAUACAACACCCUCCGGAGGCCGAGGUCCAGAUCCACCAAGUAGCUCGUGUCCAGCCUGGGCAGAGACCAGCCACCACAGACGGGGCUCACUCUGUCCAGCAGCGCUCCCAGCCUGGGAAUGGACACGAAUCCACCAGUGAGCACAGCAGCAGGCACUCACACACCAAUGGGAACGGGAAUGGCCACGCCAGACCGCACAACCGUCAGAACGGACACGUGGGAAGAUGCUUUCAGGAAACAGUCGACGGACAGUGUGGCAAGCCUCUGCCAGGCCUAACCAAACAGGAUGAUUGCUGUGGAAGCGUGGGCGCCUCCUGGGGUCUAAACAAGUGCCAAAAGUGUCCAACCAAACCAGCAUAUGCAGUGAUUGCAAAUGGACAAGUGGAAUGUUCCAAAGGUUUUAAAAGGAUGAAUCUCACACACUGUCAAGACAUCAAUGAGUGCCUGUUGCCUGGGCUCUGUAAGAAUGCUGAAUGUCUCAACACCAAGGGAAGCUACAGGUGCACAUGUAAACCGGGCUUCAUGUUAGAUGCUGCCAGGAGUCACUGUGUCUCGGACAAGGCUGUGUCAGACCAGAGGGCGUUAUGCUACCGAUCGGUGUCAGCUGGCACAUGCUCCCUGCCGCUCGCUCAACACAUCACCAAGCAGAUCUGCUGCUGCAGCAGAGUGGGCAAGGCCUGGGGUGCUGGGUGUGACCGCUGCCCUUUGCCAGGAUCAGACCAUUUCAAGGAGAUAUGCCCGGCCGGACAUGGGUAUACAUACUCACGCUCUGACGUGCAGAUUUCUCUCAGGCAACUGGAGGAAGAAGAGCUGCAGAGCACAGGAGUGUCAUGGGAGGAGCAGAGUCCCACUUAUCCUCAGCCUCCAUCCUCCCACCCUGAGCUGCUGACACCCAGCGAGCCGCAAUUCCCCACCUACCCGCAGACGCCACAAGUGCCCCAAUACUUUGAGCUCCCUGAGACACCACAAGCGCCCCGGUACCCUCUGACUCCGCAGCAGCCUCUCUAUCCCUCUCAGCCAGCCAGAGAGACACCUAAACAGCCGGAAGAUGUGGAAAUUCUGAGCCCGCCAGCUGUUGUGACUGACUCACCACUGAAAUACCCAGAGACUCCAGACUCCUCCAUCAUCGACCAGGGACCAGAUCCAAAGGACACGACCCAAACGGUCUCAGUCACAGGGAUUGACAAGUGUGCCACCACCCCCGCCAUAUGUGGUCGUGGGAAAUGUAUUCCUGUGCAGACUGGCUACACCUGCCAGUGUGAGCCGGGAUUCAAGCUCAGCGCGCUGCAGACCAACUGCAUUGAUGUAAACGAGUGUGACGAGGACCCCUGUGAAGGGAGGGGCCGCUGCGUGAACAGCUACGGCUCCUACACCUGUCAGUGCUACAGUGGCUACAGCCAGGUGAUCACCCAGAACAGGAAGUUCUGUCAAGACAUUAAUGAGUGCACCAUGCCCAACAAGUGCCAGAAUGGGAAUUGCGUCAACACAGAGGGAUCUUACACCUGUGAAUGCAACACUGGCUACGCCGAGUCUUGGAGAGGCCUGUGUGAAGAUGUAGACGAGUGCAGAGAUCCCAGCUCCUGUCCCGAAGGUUUCUGCGUCAACACUCUCGGCUCCUUCCAGUGCCAGGGCUGCGGCCCGGGCUUCAGGCCUGUCAGUGAGAGAUGUGUGGAUGUAAACGAGUGCUUGAACCAAACCGUGUGUGGUAGUGGUAGGUGUGUCAACACUGAGGGCUCCUAUAGGUGCAACUGUUUCCAAGGCUACAAACUCUCAGCGGACAACGUUUGCCAAGAUGUGGAUGAGUGUCUGCUCCCGGCAGUCUGUCUCCACGGCCGCUGCGUCAAUCUGGACGGCACCCACAAAUGCACCUGUAACCAUGGUUACCAAGUCACCUCCGACAGCAAAGCUUGUGAAGAUGUCAAUGAGUGCGCAACUGGUAAUGUGUGCCCCGCGGGAAUUUGCAUCAACACAGCAGGUUCCUACACUUGCCAGAACUGCAAGCCUGGGUUUGGACCAUCUGUUGAUGGACUGAGAUGUGAAGAUGUGGAUGAGUGUGCCCAGGGUGACGUGUGUCAACAUGGGGUGUGUGCCAACACAGAGGGAUCCUACACCUGCACCAGGUGUAAGAAUGGCUACAGAGUGUCUCAAGACCGGAGGAGGUGUGAAGAUAUUGACGAGUGCCAGUCCCUGUCUACCUGUGCCAACGGGAUCUGUCUCAACUCGGAAGGCUCUUACACCUGUGAGAACUGCCCUACAGGGUACAGAGUAUCAUAUGACGGGGAGCUCUGUGAAGAUAUCGAUGAGUGUGCGCUGCCCACUACAUGCCCCCAGGGAACUUGUACAAACACGGAGGGUUCGUUCACGUGUAUCGUCUGUCAGCCCGGGUUCAGAGUCUCUAUGGAUGGACAACAGUGCGAUGAUGUGGAUGAGUGCUUAGUGGCUAACGUGUGCCCAGGCCAGCUGUGCCUGAACACUCCAGGAUCUUACACCUGCAGGAGCUGCGGAGACGGCCUGCAACUGACUGAGGACGGUCAUAGCUGCGAGGACAUCGAUGAGUGCCAGACCCCAGGUGUGUGCCCCACGGGUGUUUGCACCAACACAGAGGGCUCCUUCUCCUGCAUGGCCUGUGACCCCGGCUUCACCGUGGCACCCGACGGGCUCUCAUGUGAAGAUGUGAACGAAUGUGAGGACACCGGCCUGUGUCACAGAGGCCAGUGCACCAACACUGUCGGUUCCUAUAGCUGCUCCUGCCCCACUGGUCUGGAGCUGGUGGAUGGGACGUCCUGCAGAGAUAUCAACGAGUGUUUAACUGUUGUGGGGAUCUGCGGAGAAGGAGAGUGUAUGAACACAGAGGGCUCCUACACCUGCAUCUGUCCUAAAGGAUAUAUCCCCAUUGAUGGAAGGCCUGGCUGCCAAGACGUGGAUGAAUGCAGCAGGGACAACGUGUGCAUUCGGGGCCAGUGUCUCAACACUGACGGCUCUUUCUUGUGCUUGUGUGAGGCUGGUUUCAAGUUCAAUGCUGACAUGGCUGACUGUGAAGACCAGGAUGAGUGCAAGGAGUUUGGCAGCUCAGUGUGUGGUACCUGGCGCUGCGAGAACACCAUCGGCUCCUACCGGUGCUUCAUGGGCUGCCAGCCCGGUCUCGAGGGAGAAGACACCACAGACUGUGAUAUUGAUGAGUGCGUCAAUGAAACCAUCUGUGGGAACCACGGCUACUGCGAGAACACAGAUGGCUCCUUCCGCUGCCAGUGUGACCAAGGCUACACCAACCCACCCGGAGAUAUGAGCAGAUGUGUUGACGUGAACGAGUGCGAGAUGAGCUUGGCGCUGUGCGGGGAGGCCCUGUGUGAGAACGUUGAUGGCAGCUUCCUGUGCAUCUGCCCCAACGACAAUGAGGAAUUUGAUCCCAUCACCAGCCAGUGCCGCUCCCUGGCUUCUGUUCUGAAACUUCCUGCUGAAAUCCGUCCAUCUGCUCCCUCAGACGAGGAGAGGAAGGAGUGUUACUACAACUUAAAUGACGCCAACUUCUGCGACAACGUUUUGUCCCGCAAUACCACCAAGCAGGAGUGCUGCUGCACGGUGGGGGCCGGCUGGGGGGACAACUGCGAGAUCCACGCCUGUCCUGUCCCAGGAAGAGAUGAUUAUAACCAGUUGUGCCCUCAUGGCAGUGGAUUAUUACCCCUGCCUGUUUCCUCUACAAGGACUCUGGGAGAACAGCGCCCUUACAUAGAUGCAAAUGAGUGUGAGAUGUUUGGAUCAGACAUUUGUAAGAAUGGACAGUGUUCAAAUCUCUUUUCUACCUACACCUGUUACUGUCGCUCUGGCUUCUACUAUGAUAACAUCCGGCUUGAGUGUGUGGAUUACGAUGAGUGUGAAUUUGGAAACUGUGAGAAUGGAGCAUGUGUGAACACGGCCGGGUCGUUCAACUGUUUCUGCAGUCCUCCGUUAGUCUUGGACAGCACACGGCGGCGCUGCGUUGGCCUCAACAACACAGAAGAAACUCUAGAGCCUGAUCACAGUGUGCACAUGGAUAUUUGCUGGCAGCGUCUGGAGGGGGACAACAUGUGUGCGGAGCCUCUCCAGGGACGCAGAACCACAUACACUGAGUGCUGCUGCCUGUACGGCAUUGCCUGGAGCGGACAGUGUGCCUUCUGUCCCAGGAGAGACUCUGAUGACUAUGCAGUCAUGUGCAACCUGCCUCGGAGAGGAGGUGCAGACAGUCUGCGGGAGCGGCAGGGAUACGAGUACGGUAUUGAGGGGCCAGAGGAUCCUGCAGAACCUUUUGUUCCUCCGUACUGGGACAGUUAUGGCAACCCUGCAGGACCAUAUGACAUUCCUGAAAGCGUUCCUCUUUUCAAUGACAAUGACUACAACGUUCAGCAGCCAUCUAUGCGUGUCCCCAUCCCACGACAACCGGAACACCAGCCACAACCAGUGGAUUCUUAUGCCGAGCGCUACAACGGCUUCGAGGGUCUCCAAGCAGAGGAAUGCGGAAUCCUGAACGGGUGCGAAAACGGCCGCUGUGUCCGCGUGCGAGAAGGAUACACCUGCGACUGCUUCGACGGUUACGAACUUGACCUCGACAAGAUGGCUUGUAUAGACAUAAAUGAGUGUGAGGACAUCAGCGACAAGGUGCCCUUGUGUCAGAACGGGCAGUGCACCAACACAGAGGGAUCCUACAAGUGCACCUGUUUGCCGGGCUUUGUGGCCUCCGCCCAACCGCACAAGUGCAUCCCAACGAUCCCGGCGUCUGGGCUCAGGGAGACGGAAGACUGAGACAGUGACUGUUGGAGCGCUGGCUUCUCCUGCUCCCUUAAGAAGAUCACCUUACACCUUACACUCCCCCUUCUGCCCUUUUUCCCCCCAAGGGCCUGGCACUAAACCUCCAACAGUAACGCUGAAACGUCCAAACUCGUUUCCCUGCAUACAAACACACACACAAAAGCACACACUUGCAUUCAGCACAAAACACAGUCAUAUCCCCCCUCAAACACAUUCAAGAGGACCAAGAAUACAGUGCAGUGAAUGUAUGACAUGGGAUUUAGUAUUCACCAGAUAUCCAUUUGCCUUAAAGGGAUUUUGUGGACUGAUAUUUUUUUAUUCAGUAACCCCAGGCAAUUUGAUAUACAGAUAUAUUUUCCACAUUAUUUUCUCUGUCACUUCUUUUUUUGUUGUGUUAUUUAUUUCAUCUACAUGACUGGCCUCAGCAAACUAAGAAAGCAACCUAUUCCAGAGGGCGUACUCAGUUCCUCUUGUUCUAUUUGUCUCACCAAUUGAUUCAGAGACAGUGUGGGGAGAUAACAAUUGUCUUUUGUAAAAGAAAGAAUGUCAGAAGAAAUCAGCCACUCAUAAAACAGCUUGUGCAUCACUGUCAAACCUCAUACCAGUAUUGUCUCUCUCAGUCAUUGUUAAUUAGCCUUGGACUAAAUGGACACCAACGUUGACAAAUUCAAAGAAAGAACCCACAGCUGCCUCUCUGUACUUCAAGAUUAACUCCGAGCUGAAGUUGAAGAAUCUCUGGACGAAGAACUGGGAAGUCAAGCACAGCCAAACUUUUCACAUUAAAAGCUUCAGCCUUCACAUGGACAUGGAAAGACUAUAGAUGUAUAUGAUGAUCUAUAUAAUGUUUUGAAAAAGGUGCAAUAGGUAUAACCUGCCUUCCUCUGUUUAACACCAUUUUCCCAAAACUUAAUACAAGCAAUGAAGUAGGAGAAGAUGGACUCGGUUGCUGAUCCUGAUUUUUCUUUUCUUUUUAACAGUAUUAACUUGUUUUAUACUUGUGUAAAAAAAAAAAAAAAAAAAACAAAACAAAAAAAAACAUGCUCCAUGACAAGUUACUACGUUAUAGCCUAACUUCUAAAAAUACAAGAAGGUACGUUAGUUGAAAUUAUCCACAAAUCUCACUGCUUAAACUGUAAAGAUUGGUUUUAUGCACCAGUGUCACACAGGGAAAAGGAUUUCUCCUUCAACUGCAACACAAUUGGAUCCCAUAUCUCACACCAGACCAUUCCCAUGUGUGCAUCUCUGAAUGCAUGUAAAGACAAAGGCUUCGUUGGAGAGGUUUGGUUUAUUUUGUACAGAUCUAGUACUAUGUAUUAUUUUUGUUACAUAUUCUCUUAAUGCAUUAUAGCACAACCAAUAUUUUGUUUGGCAUAAAACAUAAAGUGUAAGAAUCUGGCAUUAUAGCUUUGUAGAUUUAUACAUGUCUGUAAAAAUGUUUUUUUUAAAGCAUAUCUUUUUAUGUAUGAGGAGAGUGGCUGACACUGUACCAGAGGAACUGUGUGUAUACCCUGCCCUGUGGAGCAGACAAUGAAAUAUAUUUUUUGGAAGUGGCAGCACUGUUCUAAUCACAGACGUUUUGAGUCUCUUCAACUUCAUUACAAAGACAAUGCUUUUGAAAUGCAAGCACCAGCUUAUGUGCAUCACAACUUUAUGGCUAAAUAUUAGUAAUUGUGAACAUUAUUUCUUUUAGUCUGUCAGAUUUUUUUUGUCAUGAAUGUAUCAUAGACAGUAUCAACUCACUCAUUUGGUUUCUGAAUUCCCUGUCAUAACUUUUUGUCUUUUAUAUUCAGGUUUAAUUAUGGCAUUAUUCAUCUAAAGGAGUGAACUUCUCUCAAGGAAGCUCAGCAGCAACAUAAAAGUUGAAUUCUAACUUUGGAGACUGACUAAAGUUGAUGACUUAUGCCCUUAACCUGCAUUCAUAAUCUGCAAACUUACAGUUGAACAAAUGCUUCCACUCAAUGUCCACUGAUAUUUACUGUGCUGUUUAAAUCAUCACCAGAACCGGACCAGAACAUUUCUAACAUUUAGGACAAAGUUAGAAUAUUUAAAGCCUUUCAAAACCACAAAUAACUCACAAUAAAUGUCCUGUUGUAAAGCUGUGGUCAUUGGCAAUAUCAUGCUCAUUCAUUUUGUUUACCUCUUGACUGUAAUCACUAUCAGUCAUCAAAAUAAAAACAUCAAAAAUA